GGUUGCAAACCUCGUAAAUAACUCGUAGAUUUGUUUGAUUUGUUUUUUUUUAAAUGCUCAGAGCUUGGGGUGGGGCGGUGACCCAGCCCCCAUUGGCGCCCUGGUUAUUGACUGCCUGGUGUGGGUAAAAUAAUUAACGGUCUUCAAGUACAAGAAAGGAAAACGAAAGUUAAGAGAGCAGAGUGAUUGCAGUGCCAGGCGGUUCAGUUCAGUACCCAAGAUCACAGUACGGAGAAGCGAUGGGUGAUGGUCUGGGAAGACAUCGCAAUAGACCGCAUCUUUACAUCUUGAGAGGCCCUUCAGGAUCAGGGAAAAAACAGCUAGCAGAGGAAAUACUAAGAAAAUACGAAGAGUGUAAAUAUGAAGAAGCGAAGAAGAAGAACAUCUUCAGAGCUUUUGAUUAUUUCAUAAAAGGAGAUAACGUGUACUUUGAUGAAAGUAAACUUGAUGAAGCUCAUGCAUGGAAUAAGAUACGAGCUAAGGAAGCUAUGAGACAGAAAAUACAUCCAGUUAUCAUUGUCAACACCAACAUCCACCUUUGGGAAAUGAAACCCUACUUUGAAAUGGGUCUCCGUUACAAAUAUCAUAUCAGGGUUAGAGAACCACGAAACUACAAUGUUGACGAGCUGUACAGAAAAACUGGACGAAAAGUACCAAAGGAACGAAUAGAGGAAAUGAAAAAGGAGAUGGAAGAUUUUGACAGCCUACAUGAUGUAUUGAGAUCUGUGAGAUUUGAGCCUCUGCCCUAGCCCAACUGUCAACGUUGAAUUCAGAAGUUAGCUUCAGUCAGUCAGUGAGGCUCUAUAGAGAAGUUUCUAUAGACUGAAGUUUAAAAGCUGUCUGGUUAUUGCCUACACCAGUGGUUCUCAAUCCUGGUCCUGGGGAACCACUCCUGCUAGUUUUUGUUCCAACUGAGCUCUCAUUUAGUUAA